UAAGGUCACAUGAGCGUCGCCAUGGUGCCAAAUGAGGCUAUGGCGUAGUCGAUCUCUAGCGUCUAGCAGCAUCUGUUCAAAAUGAGCAGAAAUGAAACGUGUUUACUUCUUGGAGCUACUGAAGUCGGAAAAACAUUCCUGAUAAAACGUCUACAAAAGCUCAUUUUGCAUGGUGACUUGGGGGCAGCUCCUUCUACUCUGCCUACAGUAGGAACCAAUCUGACUGAUCUGACACUGAAGAAGAAGAGGAAGGUGACGGUGAGAGAGCUCGGAGGUUGUAUGGGUCCAAUAUGGCCCAGUUACUUCAACGACUGCUCCUCUGUUAUUUUCAUGGUGGACUCAGCCAACAUUGCUCAGGUGUCCUGCUCAUGUAUCCAGCUGCUGUCGGUCCUCUCUGCUGAGCCUCUGCACGGUGCCCGUGUGCUCAUUCUCUUUAACAAGAUAGACAUGCCCUGCACUAUGAGUCUUAUCGAAAUCAAAUCACUGUUCAGGAUGGAUGACAUCAUUGCAUCGGCUAGUCAGCCAAUCACGAUACUGGAAAUCAGUGCUCGCUCCGGACAGGGACUUCAGGAGGUGCUCAACUGGCUGGAGUCCAUCCCAGUCAAGUGACCUUCUGUUCCUUUGCUCCUGAAGAAAAUAUGGUGUUUAAAUAACACUGAAGUCUUUUUUUUACAUGAGAUGCCAGGAUGCUCAAAACCCAUUCUGAGGAUAUAAUGAUGUUUUUGCAAAAUGACUGGAAGGGUGAAAAGACAUACAACAAGAAAAACACUUAAUGCUGCAGUAGAAAAUAUUGUGACAUGUUUUAAAUGAGUAACUAUUUGUAGCAGUGAGAGCAUGGUAGAAUAGUGGUCAAAUAGUUAACCAUUUGUGGCAUAGCAUAAUAAGUUGCUUGUUGUGAUAGUUGAUGGUGGACCAGCUAUACUGGCUAAAAAAAAUAUUACUAUGCGUAGGGGCUCUUUACCAAGUAAUGCUUUGUGACACAACAACUAGAAGACCUUGGCUUGUAGGAGAUACUGCUCUAAAAGAUAAAACCAAUAAACACCAGCAGGGGGCAGAAGGUGAGACUGGUAGGAGCAAAAAACAGUAAAUCUGGAACUUAAAGUGAUUUGACACAUAAAGUGUCUUCAUAUCAAGGCAAAUGAAGUAAGGCAAAGCAUUAAACCCAGCCAAAGAAUGAAGCAGUAUUAUAAGUCAUAUAUAUUAAGUCAUAAUUUGUAAGAUUUACUGUGAAUAAAAUGUUAUUCAUACA